UCUACGAGCGUUUACGCAUUACGCCAGCCCAGCUCGCUUGUCCGUUCAGUUUCUUGGGCGGCAGGUGGGCGAGGAGGUGGAGACAUGGUGGCGACGGACGGAGAGGGGGAGCGAUCGACGCCGGCGCCGGCGCCGGCGCCAGCGCUGCGGAAGGAGCGGGGCCGGAGCCACAGCGAGGCCGAGCGCAAGCGGCGGCAGCGGAUCAACGCCCACCUCGCCACGCUCCGCACCCUCGUCCCCUCCGCAUCCCGGAUGGACAAGGCGGCGUUGCUGGGCGAGGUGGUGCGGUACGUGCGGGAGCUGCGCGAGAAGGCGAGCGACGCGGCGGCGGGGGUCGGCCUCGGCGUCAUCCCGGGGGAGGGCGACGAGGUGGGCGUCGAGGAGGAGGACGGCUGCCGGUGGCGGCCAGCAGGUCGCCACCACGGCGCUGGCGGGAUAGGGACGGACGCCGACGUCAGCCAGCCGCCGCCGCGGCGCGUCAGGGCGUGGGUGUGCUGCGACGACCGCCCGGGGCUCCUGUCCGACCUGGGCCGCGCCGUCCGGUCGGUCAGCAACGCGUGCCCCGUCCGCGUAGAGAUCGCCACCGUCGGCGGGAGGACCCGCAGCGUCCUGGAGCUGGAGGUCUGUGACGACGGCGACGACGGCAGCGCAACUGCCGCGGGGAACGGGAGGGCGGUGGCGCUGUCCACGCUGCGCGCGGCCAUGCGCGCCGUGCUGCUCAACCGCGACGAGCAUGUUGUCGCCGCCGCCGGGGAAGGAUACAAGCGGCCACGCUUCUCCGCGCAGAUCGCCAGGGUUCAGUGAACGCCGUGCCGAGCUGCUAGGCCGUGCCAAUAUGAAGCGAGCGACUCCGUGUCCAUGCUGAACUGCUGAUGCAUUGACCGUAUAGCAGCACCGUACGUAUGAUCUUAAGGAUUGUCAGGGUAUACUGUUGGCGAUAGUGGAAUUUAGGGCAAGGUGUGGUGGUGAUGCAAGGCUGGAACUGCAGUUGCAGCGCUGCAUUGGCCGAAGCCCCGGAACAAAGUUUUGAUAUUUUGUAAGGGCUAUAUUUGAGCCUUCCCUACUCUAAAACGACGAAUUAGGAGUUUGAAUAUA